AUGUGGCCUUUAAUUAAGAAUCGACCAUUGGCCAAACAGGCACUGGAAUCAUCGACACUAGCAAUGGUAGCUUGUCAUCAUGCAGAUCUUGGACCACGAAGCCCCAUCAUUAUGAGCAAAGCUGUACAGAAAAUGGAUCAAUUCACAUACAUAAACGCCGAUGGCGGAUUUGGACCAAGUUCCCGUUCUGGUGGCCCCCGUGGCCACAACCUGUGGGUUUUGAAGCCUUACUAUCGGAAAUCCUUGAGCGAUUGGCAAUCAUUUUAUGGAGUUCACGUUAACGAGUUGUAA